AUGCUGUGCUGCGGUUACUGCACGCCUACCUUCGUUGCGCUUCUCAUCAUCGGGCUCGCGCUCACGAGUGACGCCUACUGCGCCUACAUGAUUUUCCGCUACAAGAACGAUGUCUGGCGCGUCAUCGUGUCCCUAAUUGUGCUUGUCUUGACCACUGUCAUUGCCCCUCUAGUACUGUGGUCGUACUACGCCAUCAUCUUCUGCUCUCCAGGCUUUGUGCCACACGAUCCGUGGGCGUACCCACCCUUGUAUGCCGGUCCUCCACUCCACCCACGCGCCAGUGGCGAAGGGACCACUUCUCCAUCAAUGCACUCGUGUUUGCGUCAGCAGCAACAGCCACAUCAGGUUACAGCACAGAUGCUUCAGGCGGGCGCGCCCGGCUCACUGACGAAGUGGCCUCCUAGCACACUGGGCAUAAGUCGACCACCCAUGACCAGCAGCGCUCUCGCACCUGCCAUCUCAGACGAUACGGACUGCGUCAACCCACUGCUGGCUGAUCACCCCCAGUCCUCACCAGACAGCACUUUCGCCGCCGAGGCCAAUAGUGGUGCUCCUCACGCUAGAGACAGCAUCGAUGUGAUCACCAUCCACGUUGAUGAGGUGGCAGCGCCAUCGAGCCACAGCCCAUGCCAAUCGCUACCGCUGCACGAGCAGCGUGUUGGGCCGGCUGGCUACUUCCCUGCUCUACUCACAAAGUCACCAGAGCAGCAUCAGGACGCCGGUCCGCCUGUGUAUUUGAAUCCCUAUUCGGUGACAACGUUGGACCGUAACGGAGGCCUUCGUUUCUGCUACACGUGUCAGCAGUACAAGCCAGACGAUGCUCAUCACUGUCGCGUCUGUCGCCGGUGCGUGUACAACUUCGACCAUCACUGUCCCUUCGUGAACAACUGCGUCGGCCGCAAUAACUACAAACUAUUCAUCAUCUUCUUGCUCUACAGCGGCGUUGGCGCGACGCUGGCGGGCUUCCUGAUGAUCGUGGUACUCUUUGCCGUUGACCAAGACCCCUUUACGAGCAAAAUCGGCUGGAUCUCGCUGCCCGGGGUGGAUCUGAUCUUGGGCCUUUCACUGCUGAUGUUUUACUGCCAGCACUGGGUUCUCCUGCACAAGGGGCAGAGCACGUUGGAUAGUCUCACGGCGGGCAGCAAGAGCGGCUCUCAGGGUAUUCUUUGCUGCUGCGAGGGCACCCGGAUCAACUCGGAGAAGAAGGCCAAUGAAGCGCAGCGACAGAAGGAAAAAGUAGAGCGGCACAUCCGCACGCUGUUGGGCAAGGAGUUGGUAUGGUGGCGGCGGUAUUCCCCGCGGCCAGUGCGAACAGAUGACACCGCAGAUGAUACCGUACCGGGGAAUGUCUGA